GUAAGCGACGCUGCUCCUCAACUCCGUAAAACGGUGGAACUCUGAAGUCCAUAUCCACUGCAGAAAAUCUCUCUCACUCUCUCUCUCUUUCUGUGAGGUAAUGGAGGAUUCGCCGCCACCGGAGCCGAAGCCCGGGAUAUCGACUCGGCUGAACUCGUUCGUGGCCUCCAGCCGAGUCGGGAAGCGCUUCAAACUCGCCGAGCGGAACAGCACCUUCACGACGGAGCUCCGCGCCGGCACCGCCACGUUCCUGACAAUGGCCUACAUCCUCGCCGUGAACGCCAGCAUCCUCGCCGACUCCGGCGGCACGUGCUCCGUCGCCGACUGCACUCUGGUCUGCUCCGACCCCAACGUCGCCGCCUCCGCCUGCUCCGGCUCCACCCUUCGACUCAUCCAACCCACCGAGUCCUGCAAAUUCCCUCCAGUUAACUCAGGCUACUCGGCCUGCCUCGAGAAAACUCGCAAGGACCUCAUCGUAGCCACCAUCGCCUCAUCGCUAAUCGGAUGCCUUAUCAUGGGAACCUUCGCGAACCUUCCUCUGGCCUUGGCCCCCGGAAUGGGCGCAAACGCCUACUUCGCCUACACCGUCGUCGGCUACCACGGCUCCGGCAACCUUCCCUACAAAAGCGCCCUAACCGCCAUCUUCAUCGAGGGCUUGAUCUUCCUCGUAAUUUCGGUCGUCGGCCUCCGAGCUCGACUCGCCAAACUCGUCCCCAAACCCGUCCGAAUUUCGUCCUCCGCAGGAAUCGGACUUUUCCUUGCCUUCAUCGGGUUACAAAACAACCAGGGAAUCGGGCUAAUCGGGUACAGCUCCUCGACCCUGGUAACUCUCGGAGCCUGCCCGAAUUCCUCCCGGGUCCCUUUAGCCCCGGUUAUAACGUCAUCCAACGGCUCCGUUAGUCUGCUCCCCGGCGGCACCGUCUCCGACGAGAUUCUUUGCCUGAACCACCGCAUGGAAAGCCCCACUUUCUGGCUGGGGGUCGUGGGUUUCGUGAUAAUCGCCCAUUGCUUGGUGAAAAACAUAAAAGGCGCGAUGAUAUACGGCAUCGUUUUCGUGACGGCUGUCUCGUGGUUCCGUCACACCCGAGUCACGGCGUUUCCGGACACCGAGUCGGGCGACUCGGCGUACCAGUACUUCAAGAAGGUGGUUGACGUGCACGUGAUUGAGAGUACGGCGGGGGCAUUGAGUUUUAAGGGCAUGGGAAAGGGACACUUUUGGGAAGCCCUCUUCACGUUUUUGUACGUGGACAUAUUGGACACGACGGGUACGCUAUACUCGAUGGCCCGUUUCGCGGGAUUCGUAGACGCCGGCGGCGACUUCGAGGGGCAGUACUUCGCGUUCAUGUCCGACGCGGCGUCGAUCGUGGUGGGGUCGCUGCUGGGGACGUCGCCGGUGACGGCGUUCAUCGAGUCGUCGACGGGGAUUAGGGAGGGGGGGAGGACGGGGCUGACGGCGAUAACGGUGGCGGGGUACUUCCUGUUGGCGUUCUUCUUUACGCCGUUGUUGGCGUCGAUACCGCCGUGGGCGGUGGGGCCGCCGCUGAUACUGGUGGGCGUAUUGAUGAUGAGAUCGGUGGUGGAGAUUGAGUGGAGCGAUAUGCGGCAGGCAAUACCUGCAUUCGUGACGAUGAUAUUGAUGCCAUUGACGUAUUCCAUAGCUUAUGGGUUGAUCGGUGGGAUUGGGUCGUACAUUGUGUUGCAUGUUUGGGAUUGGGGCGAGGGGAUUUUGGGAAUCAGAAAGGAGAGGAAGAGUGGAAGUGAAGGAGCAAUUGAGGAUAAAACUGUGGAUUUACCGAUUUAGUUUAGUGCAGUGGCCAGUGAGCAAUUUAAAA